AUGAAUAUCUUUACACAAAUUGCAACACAAUUUCUUAUCAACAAAACUACUCUUAUUGAAUUAUUGAAAACAUUAAAUUUUUCAAAUGAAUUCUUGGAUGAAUUUCGUCAUGAUCGUAUAUCAAUUGAUGAAGAAUCAAUACGUCGUAAAAUACGAUUUAUAUGUGAAUUAAAUAAAGAUGAAUCGUUUCAAGAUUUAUUUUGUCAUGAAGACGGUAUUCAAUUGGUAUUUCAUAUUAAUUUUCAUGAAUAUCGUUGUAUACGUUUUCGUAUUAGUUUCGAUAUUAAAAUUAUUGCACUUAUAUUAAAUAAUCAUCAUCAAACUAUACAAUUUAUGAUUAAUAAUAUUCAAAUAAAAUCACUUAAUCGUCUGUCAAAAGCAUUUCGAUUUUAUUUACAGUCUAGAGCACGAAAUCUGGUUACUGAUGAAAUUGAACGUAUAUUUAAAGAACUAAAUAUUCCUUAUGAUCGAUUAUUUAGUGAUAUAAAACGUCCAUUAACGUAUGAAAUAAAUUUAUCUAAUAUAAAAGAAUUUGAUCAAUUUCGAGAACGAUAUUUAAUUAUUGGUAAUCGUUCUAUUCUUGAUCUAAUACAAAUAACAUAUGUCGAACAUCGUGAGCAAGCUAUUGUAUUAGGUUAUCGUUUACAUCCAGCAUUACAUGAAGAAACAACUAUACAUUUUAUUGAUUGUUAA